CUCUUGCCGCCGUCGGGGGAGUUUCGCUCAGAGUCGACGAGGCGGCGAAGGGAGCGGACGCUGCCCUCUUGGGCUGAAAGCAGGUCGCCGUCGGAGCUCCGCUCAUUGCAAGCGAGCAGCGCCAGAGACUGAGCCUCAGGGAGCAGCUCUUCUAUCCGUCGGACUCUCGAGUCGCUGGGGGAUUAUUAGGGCCUUGCUUGGACGCUGUUCUGGGUCCCCCGUCGGGGCGAAGCUUGCAAGGGGCGCCAUGAGGGGCUCCCUGGCCGUCUCCAGCGCUCUUCUGGCGGCAGUUUUCUCCAUCCUGGUGAAUGGCAAAGAGACCGGGGUGCUCCAGAACGAAGGCUACAAGAAAGAAGCUAGAGAGGAUUGGGUUGAUGCCCAGCUACUGCCAGCCGGAGAGACGUUGGAGCGUGAAGUGGAGAGAGAGGGAGCCAUGUCAUCCUCAGGCGACAACUUCAGCGAACUCCCUCGAGUUGCUUUCCUGUCCAAGCCACAGGAUCCUGUAACACCACAGAAGGAAGAUAAUGGGAAAAAAAGGAGAAAGGGGAAAGGGAGAAAGAGAGACCCCUGCUUGCGAAAAUACAGAGAUUAUUGUUUUCAUGGAGAAUGCAAAUACAUCAAAGCACUAAAAGCUCCAUCUUGCAUAUGCCAUCUGGGGUACCAUGGAGAGAGAUGCCAUGCCUUUAGUCUUCCAGUGGAAAACCCCUCCCACAGUUACGACCACACAACUAUACUGGCAGUCACAGCAGUUGUGCUGUCAUCUCUGUGUCUUAUCAUCAUUGCUGCACUGCUGAUGCUCAGGUGCCACAAACAAGGUGUAUAUGAUGUAGAGAAUGAAGAAAAGGUGAAACUGGGCAGCACUGGCAACCACUGAGACAUCCUGGAAUUGCAAGGGUUCAGCAGUGGAAAAGCUCUACUUCAACAACCCAACGGAUAGAACUCUUUUUCAAGGACACAUUUCAGAGGGAGUUUGUAUAAGUGGAAGGAAGUGCUCUUUUUCCAAGGGGACUGUGUCAGUUAUUUGCUUUGUUGAAGAAGCGAAUUACCCUCUCCAAAUUGGAAAAAAAUAUCCAAGAGAAUGAGAGAGAGACAUUUCUCUGCAAAGGGGUGUGUCCCUAUAAUGGAACCACAGCAUGAGAAGAAAAGCCGGACUUUGCCUUGGUACCAUUUGUAAGUGAUCUCUUCACAAGCGAGCAAACAACGAACCCGCAAACUGGAUUCUUCAUGCACCUGCUGAGGAUAUAACUGUGAAAGACACUCUGCUGAAGAAAUCUAAUUUUGAACUUAAUUAAAUGGGGAAAAUAUUUAACAAGAUAUUUCAUUUUAAAUUAUAUAUUUAUUUUAGAUACAUUGUAUAUAUUAUUUAUUUAGGGUUUGAUCCUGUCCUGAAGUCAAAGGGAGAGACAGGAGGAUUGUGCAGUGUAACACUCUAAUAAAUAACCCUUUGUUAUACUUGCUGUUACUUGAAUACUAAUUUUGGGAUGAGUGGAUUAAAAUAGCUGAAAAGCAAGCAUUUCUAAUGACA